AUGGCCUGUUGCCUAAGUGAGGAGGCACGUGAGCAGAAACGUAUCAAUCAGGAAAUUGAGAAGCAGCUUCAACGUGAUAAACGAAAUGCACGACGCGAGCUUAAACUUCUCCUGCUUGAUAAUGCGAUGCGUUGUCGUGCUAACGUAGAUUACUGCAUCAGAGCAGUGAGUAUGAAAGGCGAGGGAGCGAAUGCAACACUUUUUAUGGGAUCUCGAAGAGAAGGUUCGAGCGCGAUGGCUCAUGCAAUGAAUCCAGAGGGUACCGGUGAGUCGGGAAAGUCAACAUUUAUCAAGCAGAUGCGAAUCAUCCAUGGGAACGGAUAUUCGGACGAGGAUAAGCGUGGUUACAUCCGACUCGUUUACCAGAACGUGUUCAUGGCCAUGCAGGCCAUGAUUCGCGCAAUGGAUACUCUCGCGAUCCCUUAUGGCGACCCCUCCUCAGAUUUACAGGACAAAGCGAACGUGGUUCGUGCAAUCGACUACGAGAAUGUGACUUCGUUCGAAGAGCCGUAUGUUAGUUAUAUAAAAGAUUUAUGGGAAGAUAGUGGCAUUCAAGAAUGUUACGAUCGACGAAGAGAAUAUCAACUCACCGACUCAGCGAAAUAUUAUCUAUCAGAUCUAAGGAGGUUAGCUGCACCCAACUAUUUACCAACUGAGCAAGAUAUUCUUCGUGUUCGAGUACCGACCACUGGUAUUAUCGAAUAUCCUUUUGAUCUGGAGCAGAUUAUUUUCAGAAUGGUUGAUGUGGGAGGUCAGAGGUCUGAACGACGAAAAUGGAUUCAUUGUUUCGAGAAUGUUACUUCGAUAAUGUUUCUUGUCGCGUUAUCCGAGUACGAUCAGGUGCUAGUUGAGUGCGAUAAUGAGAAUCGAAUGGAGGAAUCGAAAGCACUAUUCCGUACCAUUAUCACGUACCCGUGGUUCACAAAUUCCUCUGUGAUAUUAUUUUUGAAUAAGAGGGAUCUCUUAGAAGAGAAAAUACUUUAUUCGCAUCUCGCCGACUACUUCCCCGAAUACGACGGACCACCGAGGGACGCGAUCGCAGCACGCGAGUUUAUUUUAAAAAUGUUCGUCGAUUUAAAUCCGGAUGCUGAUAAAAUAAUUUAUUCUCACUUCACUUGUGCCACAGAUACGGAGAAUAUACGUUUCGUGUUUGCUGCAGUGAAGGAUACAAUAUUGCAACAUAAUCUGAAGGAGUACAAUUUGGUUUGA